AUGAAAAAAAUUAUAAUAUUUGGUUCUACCGGGAUGACUGGCCUCUGCGCGUUAGAUUAUGCAGUUAAACAAGGUUAUCAAAUAACAGCUUUUGUAAGGGAUGAAAAAAAAAUUCCUGACCACGUAAAUGGUAAAAUUAAAGUUGUAAUUGGAAAUGUUACUAAUUACGAUCAAAUAGAAAAAGCAAUGGUUGACCAAGAAGGAGUUGUCGUAGUUUUGGGAACAAGAAAUGAUUUAAAAUCUACAACUGAAUUAUCAGAUGGAAUGAAAAAUAUUAUUAGAGCAAUGAAGAAAAAUAAUGUUGAGCGAGUAUCAGUCUGCUUAUCUGCAUUCCUGUUCAGACCACCGGAUAAUGUUCCGGCAGCAUUUGUAGAUUUAAAUGCUGAUCACCAGAGAAUGCUUGAUGCGAUCAAAGAAAGCGAGCUGAAAUGGAUUGCUGUCUUACCGCCGCAUAUUGCAGGCUUACCAAAUUUGAAUUAUACUGUUAAACAUGACGAAUCUCCUGGUCUUGUUAUUUCUAAACAUGGAUUAGGUGAAUUUUUAGUCGACAGUCUAGAGCAAUCAGAACACUACCAAAAAAUUUGUGGAAUAGCUAUCGAUUUAACGCAAUUCUGCUCAGUCUCAUAA